CCCUCAUUGGUCCGCCGGGGCACGGGAAGUGCUUGACAGCGCCGCUCGCUACUGGCCAGGGGGGAAGAAGUUCCGUCUCCCGCGGGCGAACGGCCCAGUCGGAGCGGAGCGGACGGCCGGGAGAGCGAAGGGGAAGAUGGCGGUGGUGGCGCCGCUGCUGGCGCUGCUGUACUCGGUGCCGGGGCUGUGCCGCUGGCUGGCGCGGCCCUACUACCCGCUCUCCGCCCUGCUGGCCACCGCCUUCCUGCUCGUCCGCAAGGUCCCGCCGCUCUGCCAAGGGCUGCCCUCCCAGCGGGAGGACGGCAACCCCUGCGACUUCGACUGGCGGGAGGUGGAGAUCCUCAUGUUCCUCAGCGCCAUUGUGAUGAUGAAGAACCGACGCUCUAUCACCGUGGAGCAGCACAUCGGGAACAUCUUCAUGUUCAGCAAAGUGGCGAAUGCCAUCCUCUUCUUCCGCCUCGACAUCCGCAUGGGCCUGCUUUACCUCACGCUCUGCAUAGUGUUUCUGAUGACCUGCAAGCCCCCCCUCUACAUGGGCCCCGAGUACAUCAAGUAUUUCAGUGACAAGACCAUAGAUGAGGAGCUGGACCGGGACAAGCGGGUGACCUGGAUUGUCGAGUUCUUCGCCAACUGGUCCAGCGAGUGCCAGUCCUUCGCGCCUAUCUUCGCUGACCUCUCUCUCAAGUACAACUGCUCAGGGCUGCACUUUGGGAAGGUGGACAUCGGCCGGUACACAGACGUCAGCACCAGGUACAAGGUCAGCACCUCGCCCCUUACCAAGCAGCUGCCCACCCUCAUCCUCUUCCAGGGCGGGACAGAGACCAUGCGCAGGCCCCAGAUCGACAAGAAGGGCCGGGCUGUGUCCUGGACCUUCUCUGAGGUGGAAUGUGAUCCGGGAGUUCAACCUGAACGAGCUCUACCAGAAGGCCAAGAAGCAGUCGAAGCCGCGGGAGGAGGGGCCCGAGGAGCCCCCUGGAGCACAGGCAGCCGCUGGACACCCUGACGGGGAGACCAAGAAGGAGAAGUAGAAGCUGCCUGGUGCUGUCGCCCAUCAC